GGCAUUUCAUCAAACCAGCCCCAAAACAUGGCUGUGCCGCUGCCUGCGGGUCUCUGAUCGGCCUCCACCCCAGACGCAGCUGCCACCUGCAGCGCUCCCUCGCUGGCGCCCUGCCUGAGAAGGUGGCGAGCACAGAGAAGAAGCAACAGAUCCCCGUGCCCCAGCCCCGGGAAGCCAGCGCCUGCUGGGUGAUGCAAGAGGAUACUUUGGGUGUGAGGAAGCUGCAGCUGCCACAGCCCAGCCCAGCCCCCCCCCAGAUCGCCUCCUUUCCUCCUGCCAAGGCAAAAAGUGACCCUGAGUUGGCAGCGAGCGAUAAACAAGCGGUUCCUGGAGCCCACCCAUCCACGCGCGUCAGCUCAUCUCGGGGCUGAAAAAACCCAGGCUCGGGGAGAGAGAGACAGACAGAAACCUGGGCAGUCUCCUAGCCAGUGCGUUUGCAGCGCCUCCGCCUGAAACUGACCCGACUCCCAAGCCAGCCCUCUUCUCCCUGCUCUCCCCGAAGCGCACCUGGAGGGGAAAUCCAGCCGAGUUGUGUGUUUCUUCCUCAGCAUCCAUCCAGGAUCCCGAUGCAUCCGGUGCUGGCUGCUGGGAAGCGGAUUCUAUGGAGUGUCUGACAGCAGAGGAAGGUGGAAUCAACCAAAGCAGCCGUUCUUGUUGGUUCUUAAGCCUCUCUUGGAGGGAAGUAUAAACACAGGGAACCAACUACUCUAAAUAUAGACAGGACCAGGUCUCUACUCAUCUUGUGUAGGAGAGAGAAAGCCAGAGAUCUUCCCGGAGCACAGAUCUCAGUCACUUUCCUUCCAGCUCUUCCAAACUUUAAGAUCUAUUUUAAAGCAGAGCAAAGCUCUCCCAUCUUUUCCCCAAGACUCUGAUUGUUGGAUUGAUUGGUUUUGUUUUGUUUUUUUUUUGCCAUCACCAGCAAAGAGAGGAACACUGACACUUGCUGCUGAUGUCGAAAUCCCUCCUUUUCUCACUCUUUCUUCGUCAGAUUAGUUUUUGCGGCUUGCCCAACAGCCACAUCUAUUUGUUCCCCUAAUCAAAGUGCCUUUGCCACUACUUUCCAGCCCGCAUCGUGGUGGCAGGAGCAUCUCUCACUUUUCUUCUCUUCCCUGUGGGAAUUUCCUUGUUGCUGCUUCCUGGUGUCUGGAGCAAGGGCUCCAGGCCAUUAUAUUGCCCCCUUCCUUCUCUCCAAAGCAACCACCUGUGCCCAGUCUCCUCUUGAGGGGAGGGAUCAAUGAGGCAGCCAAAGGGCAGAGCUGUCUGAGGUUGGGGAGAGAGAAAUCUGAGCUCCCCCCAGGCCUCCCCCCACAAUUGCCCUUCCCUCCCAGCUCCUCGCUAGAGGAAGGGUGUUUAGAGGGCAUUUCCCAUCCACCUAAAUCUAUGAUCAGCUCGGUGUGUGUCUCAUCGUACCGUGGACGCAAGUCUGGGAACAAACCACCCUCCAAAACAUGCCUGAAGGAAGAGAUGGCCAAAGGGGAAGAGUCGGACAAGAUCACCAUCAACGUAGGGGGCACCAGGCAUGAGACCUACAAGAGCACCUUACGGACGUUGCCUGGCACCCGCCUGGCUUGGCUGGCUGACCCCGAUGCCCAGAGCAACUUUGACUUUGAUGGCAAGAGCAACGAGUUCUUCUUUGACCGCCACCCGGGCAUCUUCUCUUAUGUGCUCAACUACUACCGCACGGGCAAGCUGCACUGCCCCGCCGACAUCUGCGGGCCCCUCUUUGAGGAGGAGCUGACCUACUGGGGCAUUGAUGAGACCGACGUGGAGCCCUGCUGCUGGAUGACCUACCGGCAGCACCGCGAUGCCGAGGAGGCGCUGGACAUCUUUGAGAGCCCUGAGCCCGGGGCAGGAGGAGAGGAGGCCGAGGAGGAAGGGGGCAGGGAGAUGGCCCUCCAGCGCCUGGGCAUGGACGACAGGUCACCGGGGGCUGCUGGGGCCAAAGGAGGGGGUGGAUGCUGCCGCAACUGGCAGCCUAGGAUGUGGGCGCUCUUUGAGGAUCCCUACUCGUCCAGGGCAGCAAGGGUAGUUGCCUUCGCCUCGCUUUUCUUCAUCCUGGUCUCCAUCACAACAUUCUGCCUGGAGACACAUGAGGCCUUUAAUAGAAAUGUCAACGUGACUGAGACGAUGAUGGUUGGCAACACCACAAGGGUCCUGCUGACGAAUAAGGUGGAGACGGAGCCUGUCCUCACCUACAUCGAGGGGGUGUGCGUCCUGUGGUUCACACUGGAGUUCCUGGUGCGCAUCAUUUGCUGCCCAGAUAAGCUGGUCUUCAUCAAGAAACUGCUCAACAUCAUUGACUUUGUGGCUAUCUUGCCCUUUUACCUGGAGGUAGGCCUCAGUGGCUUGUCCUCCAAGGCUGCCCGGGACGUUCUGGGCUUCCUGAGAGUGGUCCGUUUCGUCCGGAUCCUCCGGAUCUUCAAGCUGACACGGCACUUUGUGGGGCUCCGGGUACUAGGCCACACACUCCGGGCCAGCACCAAUGAGUUUUUGCUCCUCAUCAUCUUCCUGGCCUUGGGGGUCUUGAUCUUUGCUACAAUGAUCUACUAUGCCGAGCGGAUUGGGGCCAAGACAUCCGACCUGAGCAGCACCGAGCACACUCACUUUAAGAACAUCCCCAUUGGGUUCUGGUGGGCGGUGGUCACCAUGACAACACUGGGCUAUGGUGACAUGUACCCCAAGACCUGGUCGGGCAUGCUGGUGGGGGCUCUGUGUGCCCUGGCCGGGGUGCUGACCAUCGCCAUGCCAGUGCCUGUCAUCGUCAACAACUUUGGAAUGUACUACUCACUAGCUAUGGCAAAGCAGAAGCUCCCAAAAAAGAAGAAAAAGCAUAUCCCCCGUCCAGCCCCACUGGACUCCCCCACGUACUGCAAGUCCGAAGACAACUCGCCUCGCAACAGCACGCAGAGUGACACCUGCCCCCUGGCAGCAGAGGAGAUGGUGGUGGAGCGAAAGCGAUCAGACUCCAAGCAGAACGGCGAUGCCAACACAGUGCUGUCAGACGAGGAGCAGCCUCUCUCGUCCUCGCAUGAGGAGAAGCGGCCGAUGAGACGCUCCAGCACCAGGGACAAAACCAAGAAAGCGGCCACCUGCUUUCUGCUGAAUGCCAGCGAUUUCUCCUGCACGGCUGACGGCGGCAUCCGGAAAGCAAAAAACAAUUGGCCUUUUCCAACUAGCUCCAGUUACCCUAAUUUACACCAGCCAAGGAUCCAGCCAAUGAAGUUACUGAGAGAUCUGACUGAGUAGCCCAAAGGGAUUGACCCAGGACUGUCGAAUCCCCUCUGACUCCCUUGGAAGCUGGGAUUUGCUCAGAUCAUUUGCUGGGUCUAAAUUUACCCACGGCGGGCGAGCAAAGAGGGGGACGAGACUGGAUUCUCCCACCGCGCUGUAACCUUGCUUGUUGUGCAUGUGUCGUACGACCGUCUGUCUGACGUGUACCACGGUCCUCGCCCCGCCCUGCCCCCACUGACGACGCCAUUAACGACUCCUAUGCUGUCUGACUGUUCCAAUGAACCCUCUUGCUCCCCGUCAUUCGUUGACUGACCCGUUGGCCGGCAUGAUUGCUGUUGUUCUGCUGUAGUAACUUAGACGGCGCCCGGAUCUCGCUGCAGACGACCAUAGCUGGGUGUCAGCUGCUCAUCACAGACGCCCUGUCGCAGGCACCAUCUGUGCUCUCACAGUGUCCAUCCGCCGAGCUGUAGCUGUGGACUAUUUUUUUAAUUAUUAUUUUUAGACUGACGUUUGCUCCAGCCUCCUCCAAUGUACAGACUCCUUCUCUAAAAGAGGCUGCUUCUGGGAUUGAUUUGGGACCCAUUGGACGAUGGCUCCUGAGGUGCAUGGGGUUGGGGUGGAGAAGCCUCCAAGAAAUCCAAGUUGCAAUACUAGAGUAGCCAAUGACUGCAUGCAAUAGCAGACACCAGG